GAAAGCACCUAUCACAUAGAAAUGAUUUUUUUAACUAACAGUUGAAUGUAUAAACUAUUCCAAACGUAGUAGUGUAGUCGAUUACAAUUUUUAAACGCAUGUGCCAAAUUUGUAAAAGUCACGUUUACAUAGACAUUCUUGGCUUAGAAAAAAUUAUUCCGCAAUUAAUUGUUUAAUAACAAAAUGAUACAGUGUAAAAGCUUCGACUCACCGUGCGUGCUCGUGCACGGUGGUACCGGAAAUUUCGACGACGCGCUAAUCGUUGAGAAGCUGACGAGCUGUAAAACCGCGGCGUCUGUCGCGUAUCAAAGUCUGCUGAACGGCGCGAAUUCGAUCGGGGCUGUGGAAGCGGCGUUGCGCUGGCUGGAGUGCGACGAGUUUUUCAAUUGCGGUUAUGGUUCGCUUUUAAACGAAUUAGGAGAUGUGCAGAUGGACGCGACCAUAGUGAACGGUCUCAAGGUUGAAUGCGGAUCCGUAGCAGCGGUAUCGGAUGUGGAGCAUCCGAUAUCGCUCGCCAGAUACGUUCUGGACAAUUUUCCCGACUCGAUUGUGGUGGGUCAGGGCGCGAGGAAGUUGGCGGAACACGCGAACUUGAACUGUUUGUCCGAGGGGAACAUGACAGCACCCGCGGCGCGUUUAGCUUACAAAUUGAGAAAAACAGACGGUUCCUGUUGCUGCACUGACAGUUGUACCAAUAAUCUGGAAAAGCUGCAGUGCACAGACUUGAUAGAAAGUAAACGUUGCCGUUUAGAAGUUUUGCUUUUAUUUCUUGCUUUUAUUUCGGAUCUUGCGAGAGAAACAAACUGAUGCCAGUUUUCUUCAACGUAGAUAAUGGGAGUUCCGUCGGCUGCAUAGCUUACGACGGACGCUCCAUUGCCGCGGGAAUUACGGGUGGCGGUUCAAACAGAAAAUUAGU